AUGCCUCCUCACCCUGAUUCGAAGGUCCACCCAGAGGCCACCGGCCUCGCCAAAGUGCUAGUUGAGAAGCAUCGCGCAGAACAGCCACUGAAGUUGUACGCGGGAUGGUUCUAUUUGGUAUGCUUGUUGAAUACUGCAACAUUAUUGAUUCUAACAUUGCAACUGAUCACCAUUCCAGUGCAACGCGCCUGGCUAGCUCUCGAGGAGAAGCAGAUUCCCUACCAAUACAUCGAAGUCAAUCCAUACAACAAACCAGAAUCCCUUCUUUCUCUCAACCCCCGCGGCCUCGUUCCAACACUCUCGUGUCCGACCGGCCCACAACCUCGACCACUCUACGAGUCAACAGUGAUCCUCGAGUACCUGGAAGAAGCAUAUCCGAACCACAAACCGCACUUCCUCCCACAGGACCCCUACGAGCGCGCUCGUGCCCGAAUCUGGAUUGACUACGUCACCUCGCGCAUCAUCCCGUCCUUCCACCGAUUCCUGCAAUACCAGCCCGCCAAAGCUCAAAAUGCAGCGGGCGAUGCAGGAUUAUACGAAGCACGACAAGAAUUCCUAGGCCACCUAAAAGCCUGGACAAAGGAGAUGCAUCCUGAGGGACCGUUCUUCCUCGGUUCCGAGGUUAGCUUGCCCGACCUUGUACUUGCGCCAUGGGCGGUGCGCUUGUGGGUAUUUGACGAAUUCAAGAGUGGUGGAUUGGGGAUUCCGGUUGAGGGACAGGGUGGAUCGGAUGAAGCAGUGUGGUCUAGAUGGAGAAAGUGGCUGUCUGCUAUUGAGGAGCGGAAGAGUAUUCAAGAGACGACGAGCGAAAUGGAGUAUUAUCUCCCGAUCUAUAAGCGCUAUGCGGAUAAUACAGCGCAGAGUGAAUUGGCCAAGGCUACUAGGGCCGGUCGUGGUGUUCCGUAG